AUGCGCAUUGGGCUAACGACGCUCAAACUAGAAUCCAGGAAGGAAAAGAAGUUCAACAGGAAAUCCAAGAAGAUCAACAGGAAAUACAAGAAGAGCAACAGGAAAUCCAAGAAAAUCAACAGGAAAUACAAGAAGAACAACAGGAAAUCCAAGACGAUCAACAGGAAAUACAAGAAGAGCAACAGGAAAUCCAAGAAGAUCAACAGGAAAUACAGGAAGGUCAACAGGAAAUCCAAGAAGAUCAACAGCAAAUUCAGGAAAUUCAAGAGGACAACAUCCAAGAGCAACUGGAAGAAAAAGGAAAUGCCGAAACACAUAUUGAAGAAAGGGGACCAGAAGAAAAGUUGUCCAAAGGAAUAUGCUUAUCAUACUGAGAAUCCUAACCGAGAAAAAUCCCUGAUAAACAUAGGAGCAGUAUGGGGAACCCUACCUACCGGAAAUACCUAUUCACAUAUGAGUGAAAUGCUUGCCAGCAUAGAUGUACCGACUAUGCCUUCAAAUAUGUUCUAUCAAAUGGAAAACAAUUUAGGAAAGAGCUGGGAAGUUUCUCUUACUAAUUCAAUGAAAAGGGCUGGUGAGAAAGAGAAACAAAUUGCCAUAGAAAAACAGCAAUACUGUAAGAACGGCGUCCCUUGGAUUACAGUAUAUGUCGACGGAUCAUGGAGUAAACGAUCGUAUGGUACUAAUUAUAAUGCGUUAUCUGGAAUAGUAGCCAUUAUAGGAAAAAAUACUGGACAACUACUUUUUACUGCUGUCAGAAACAAAUUCUGCUCUGUGUGUGCUAGAGCUGAAAAUAGUUGCAGAACAACCGAAAAACACGUCUGUUAUAAAAAUUGGAACCAAUCAGCUCCUGCUAUGGAAGCCCAUAUGGUUGUGCAAGGCGAAGAAAUGCAUGGGCAACGAUACAUGAAAUUUAUAGCUGACGGAAACUCCAGUGUAUACAAGCACAUUACGGAAAAAGUUACGUAUGGAACCGAUGUAAAGAAAAUUGAAUGUACGAAUCAUGCAUUAAAAAAUUAUGGAAAACGUCUUAGAGAUAUCAAAAAGGAUACUACAAUAGAUCUGGCGAGUAAAAAAUUAUUGACGGAGAAGAAAAUGAAGCUUCUCCUAAAAAGGGCAAAAACUUCAAUCUAUGAACAUGCUAAGAAGGAAGAACCCAGAUUUAACCAAGGGAAAAGGUUAAAUCUAAUUCAGAGAGGUUCAUAUCAAAGAAGAGUGCAGCUAUCAGGUCUCAGAUACAAUGGUAAAACAGAGUGGCACACCAGCCCCUACAAGCACGCCACGGGCAAUUCUCCUGGACAAUAUUUCAAGAUGUUUCUCAAUCGACAAGUAAACAGUGCUAAAAAAAAAAAGACUUGCCGCAAAAGACUGUUCGAUGAAAAAUCUAACAACGCAACCAAAACAACUAAGAAAAUCAAGAUCAUGUCCAAUAACACUGAUUAUGGACCAAAAGCAGAUCAAUUUGAGGACCCUUCAAUGAUUCAACAAGAAGUCGAAGAAAUAAUACAAGGAUUGCAUGUAACAGAAAAUGAUAGGGACCGUAUACAAGUUAGUUCUAUAGGACAAUUUGGCAACGAGGUAUAUGAAUCCGAAAGAAAACAUAGAUUGACAGCAUCAACAUUUGGGAGCGUUGUCAAAAGGAGAAAGCACACACCAUGUCAUGUACUCGUUAGAUCCGUUUUAAAACCAACUGGCUGUAUGACGGAUGCUAUGGAAUAUGGAAUACUCAGAGAGAAGGUGGCUAAAGGCAUUUUCGAAAAAACUCAAAAUCUACCUGUAGCGGACUCCGGAUUGUGGAUCGACAUACACAAUUCUUAUCUUGCAGCUUCACCUGAUGAGUUAAUCCGUAGAGGUCCUCCUGAGGUACGGCAAGAAGAACAUCAUUUGAUGGGACUGCCUCAGGGGGAUCCAUUACCUGUGAUACAGUGGCUGGCGAAAAGGCGCCUACUGGUAAAUUCUCGGGAAUGCGAAGUCUGUCACAUUCCCCAUGUCCAGGGUAAAGAAGAAUGGGGUGGACGGCUUCGCAUGGCGAUGCCGAAUAUGCGACACUCGUGUUACCAUCAAGAGGGGCAGCUUAUCCACGGUAGUCAUCUGAAGCUGUCCCAACUGUUGGUAAUAUUGCACGAGUGGAGCAUGGAUCAGCCCCAGGAGGAAAUAGCCCGCGUCGCAAGGAUCAACCAAACAACCACGGUCGUCGAUUGGAGCAAUUUUUGUAGAGACGUGUGUCGUCAUCAUUUUGACCUCCAUGAGAAUCUCAUUGGGGGUUUCAAUGAUGACGGCACCUCAAAAAUUGUGGAGAUCGACGAGUCGUACUUCUUUAAACGGAAGUACAACCGGGGAGCAGUGCGCCCCGGGCUUUGGGUGUUUGGAGAAAUAGAAAGAGGCUCCAAAAGAUGCUUCCUGGUAGAGGUGCCCGACAGGACACAAGAAACAUUGUCGGCACUGAUUGUGCAAAAGAUUCUACCAGGAAACACCAUAAUAUCCGACGGUUGGCAGGCUUAUAAUAAUAUCGGUAGGCUCGGUAAUGGUGUGUAUGAUCAUCGGGUGAUCAUACAUGAGGAUAACUUUGUAGAUCCUAAUGAUCCCGAUGUUCAUACACAGAAUAUCGAGAAUACGUGGAUGCGGGCAAAGCGGAAGCUAAAGCGACAAUUCGGUACUUCUGAAGACCUUUUUCCCACGUAUUUAUAA